AUGAUCACCGCGAGGACAGAAGGAGGCGCUGCCAAAUCGGGUUUCUCCAAUGGCACCAGCCAACCCAAGGGGCUGCUGCCUCCCUCAGAGGAGAAGAUGGAGGAGAGAGGUCAGUGGAGCAACAAGCUGGAGUUUGUCUUAUCGGUGGCUGGCUCAAUCAUCGGACUGGGCAACAUGUGGCGCUUUCCUUACCUCUGCUACAAGAACGGAGGAGGAGCCUUCCUCAUCCCAUACCUGAUCUUCCUGUUCACCUGUGGCGUUCCCGUCUUCUUACUGGAGACAGCCCUGGGCCAGUACACCAGUGAGGGAGGCAUCACCUGCUGGAGGAAAAUCAGUCCUCUGUUUGAAGGUCUAGGUUAUGGCACCCAAGUGAUCGUGACCCUGUUAAACUUUUACUACAUUGUGGUGUUGGCGUGGGGAAUCUUCUACCUGUCUUUUUCCUUCUCCUGGGACCUGGCAUGGUCCUCCUGCAACAACACGUGGAACACAGAAAAUUGUGUGGAGUUUCAGAGGAGAAACAACACAGUCAACUUUACAAUCAAUCCAAAUGUUACCUCUCCCGUCAUUGAGUUUUGGGAGAGAAGAGCUCUGAGGAUAUCACCAGGCAUAGACCACAUGGGCUCUCUGAACUGGGACCUGGCCCUGUGUCUGUUCAUUGCCUGGGUCAUGUGCUACUUCUGCAUCUGGAAGGGCGUCAAAUCCACAGGAAAGGUGGUGUACUUCACGGCCACUUUCCCGUACCUGAUGCUUAUUGUGCUGCUCAUCCGCGGGCUGACAUUGCCUGGGGCCGGGAUAGGCAUCCAGUUUUACCUUUACCCUGAUUUAGGACGGCUGGCAGACCCACAGGUGUGGAUGGACGCCGGCACCCAGAUAUUCUUCUCCUACGCCAUAUGCUUAGGCUCUCUCACCGCCCUGGGCAGCUACAAUAAGUACAACAACAACUGCUACCGGGAUUGCCUGGCACUGUGCUUCCUGAACAGCGGGACCAGUUUUGUGGCGGGCUUUGCUAUCUUCUCCAUCUUGGGGUUCAUGUCCUACGAGCAGAACGUCCCCAUCUCAGAGGUGGCCGAGUCUGGUCCAGGUCUGGCUUUCAUAGCUUACCCCCGUGCUGUGUCCAUGAUGCCCUACCCUCCUCUGUGGGCCUCCCUCUUCUUCAUCAUGAUUGUGUUUCUGGGGCUGGACAGUCAGUUUGUGUGUGUGGAGAGUCUGGUGACGGCGAUUGUGGACAUGUACCCUGCUGUGUUCCGCCGCAAGAACCGCAGGGAGCUCUUCCUGUUGGCUGUGGUCCUCGUCUCCUUCCUCAUGGGCCUCAUCAUGCUGAUGGAGGGCGGAAUGUAUGUCUUCCAGCUCUUUGAUCACUAUGCUGCCAGUGGCAUGUGUCUUCUGUUCAUGUCCAUCUUUGAGACAGUUUGCAUCGCAUGGGUCUACGGUGUGGAUCGCUUUUACGACAACAUUGAAGACAUGAUUGGCUACCGCCCAGGACCUUACAUCAAGUACUGUUGGUUGUUCUUCACCCCAGCCACAUGCAUUGGUACCUUUGCAUUCUCUCUCAUCAAAUACACUCCCCUGAAGUACAACAAUGAGUACGUGUACCCAUGGUGGGGAUACUUCCUUGGCUGGCUGCUUGCUCUCUCCUCGAUGGUCUGCAUCCCCUUCUGGAUGAUCUAUAAGAUUAGCACCACCCAGGGGACACUGAGAGAGCGCAUCCAGCUGCUCAUCGUACCUUCUGAUGAUUUACCCAAAACCAAGAGGGAACAAGAGAGAUUACUGGCCAUCUUUGCUCCUGAAGGCGACACCCCCAUUAACAAAAACGGCUACUUUCCCGUCUCAGAGAAGGACUCCAACUUGUGA